AUGCCGAGCCAAUGGAGGCGAUUUAUCAAAUCAACGGUCGAUGACGAUUGGACACACAUCACCAAUAAAGCCGAAAGGAAACGGAUACAAAAUAGGCUUGCUCAAAGGGCCCAUCGAGCAAAAUAUGGGCGGCGAAAAAGAUCAAGAGCGAUACCAUCUUCAGCAUCAAAUGAAGUCAAGUCGCCUUCAAGGACCAACAGUCCUGAUGUCGAGCACCCAGGAGAAAAGAACUCAGAGCCGAUAAAAGUAUCAUCUAACUCAGACUUUUCGCAUCUUUCUGCUUCUGCGUUCCUACAGCGAUUAGCAUCGACUGUUCCAGAUUGUAGUUUUCUGGAAAGGCUUAAAGAUGAGCCGCUUUUUGCUCAAAAGGAUGGAAGCGGAAACUUGAUACCGCUGCCGUCACUCACAAACGAUCUAACUCUUAAUAUACCAGGAAUGUUGACACUGGCAGCUUUGUUAACAAAUAAGUAUAUUCUUGCUAUCGAUUGCAGCAAACUUAUUCCUGCUAUUCAUAUUCAGCCUACCGUACUUACUCCGCCUGCACUCACACCAACAGUGCUUCAAGAAAGCAAACCUCAUUUGCCCUACAUUGAUUUCCUGCCAUUUCCGCAAUUUAGAGACAAUCUCCUUCGUGCCGGCGAUAUCGUUCAGCCCAUAGAAAUCUGGAAUGACAUGAUAUCCGGAAAGCUGAGGGUGUGGGGAAAGACCCCCUGGGAUCGUAGGGGCUGGGAGAUGAAAGAGGAAUUUGUUAAUAGAUGGUGGUGGGUAAUCGCGGACGACAUUCUGGAAGAGACCAAUUUUUGGAGAGUCUCUAGAGGCGAAGCACCUCUUCUACUGCGAAUACCACAGAGGCAGGGGCUCAGUUGA